AUGUAUCUAAAGAAUCCAGCAAGUGGGUCAAUGAAAGUUAAAAUUACCAAGCAUUCAAUUAGAGUUGGAGAUCGUGUUCGGAUACUCAAAGAUGAUAACGGCAAUGUUCUUGGAAAGUCUUACAAAUAUUAUGAACUCAAGAGAGUUGAAGUAACGGAGACCUUUUUGAUUGAACCGAGACACAGAGAGCCGACAAUGACAAACAAGGAGCGUCGCAACAAGAGAGAAUUACAAGAACUGGCAAGAGUUCAAGGCCCAACCAAUAAAAAGACAAAGAAAUUUGGAGCAACUUAUUUUCUAAAGUAA